AGUUACUGCUAACGAAAUGUUUUAUAGAUUUUUGAGGGGACAUUUAAAAUAUAUAAUAACACUAAUAAAUCUUUAUCUAGUGUUGGGGUGUGUGAAUGUAAUUGGUAGAAUUUUUGUAAUGUUAAUCUCAUAAGACAAAUUAUUCAAGCAUGAAUGGUAUGCUCGCACAUAUAGUAUAAAAAUGAAUUUGAAACUUUCUAAUAUAAUGCAUGCAGUGCAAAUAUUUAGCCAUUUUGCUCGUUGCAUAAAAAUAGAAAUAUGUUCAUUGAUAUAUGUUGGCUAUACGCUAGCAAUACUAACAUUAACUGAAUUAUAAGUUGCUUCUAAAAUUAGUCCUGAUAAAAUUGUGGCAAGGUUCUACAAAGUUUGUUCUUCAAGAAAGAUUUAUUGCUUGUUAUUUUAAUAAUAUAUGUGAACGUACCUUGUGUAGACAAACACAACACAUUUACAACCUAAAUAUUUUUAUUAGAAAUGCAGCACACUAUUUUAUGCACUAUUUUGAUGCUAUAUGACAGUGUUAUCAAAUAUAUGAGUCUUAAGUAGUAGUGAUAAUGUUUAAGUGUACUCGAAAGUAGAACUGAUAAUUUUUAUUCAAUCUUUUCAUCAUGAUACAUUAUAUAAUCACUUUUUGUGAUUAAUAUUUUGACAUUAGUUAUCGACAUGAAAUCAUUAUCUGCUAUCAGAAAAGUAGAUACAACCCAGAUUACCAAAUUUUGUAACAUUCUUGAAGAUAUACAAUGAUUUCUAUUUCCAAGCGAUUAACAUACGCUUUCAACUGGCUUGUAACUGCAUGAUUCGAUAUUGCAUUCCUUAUUGAUCUGGAAUGUAGUGAAAGAUAACAAAUAUCAUAUAGAAAUAACAUAUACAGAAAUAACAGGAAAUAGAUGAAAACUAAAUCGUGUAAAGGCAAUAUCAUAUGCGAUCAACGUGUAACUUACUUAAUGAAAGAUCAAACUAAAGAAUAUAAUGAGUAAUCUUACAAGAAUUCGCGAUGAAAAUUGUCCUGCUGAUGACAAGCCUAGAUUUCUAUCCUGUCUAAAGGCAUACUGGCCGGACCUACCAGAAGGGUGCACUCAAGAUGAUGCUUAUAUGGGUGGUAGCGAUGUGGAAGGAGAGGGGAAACAAGUUUUGGUUGGAAUAUGUGCCAUGGCGAAAAAAUCGCAGAGUAAACCGAUGAAAGAGAUUUUAACAAGGCUCGAGGAAUUUGAGUACAUUAAAAUUAUUGUCUUUCCAGAAGAAGUGAUAUUAAAGGAACCUGUAGAAGAUUGGCCUAUAGUCGACUGCUUGAUAAGUUUUCACAGUAAAGGUUUUCCCCUUGAUAAAGCUAUAAAUUAUGCAAAUUUACGUAAUUCAUUUAUUAUUAAUAACCUUCCGAUGCAGUAUGACAUUCAGGAUCGAAGAAGAGUUUAUGCCAUACUGGAGAGCGAGGGUAUCGAAAUUCCACGAUACGCCGUUCUUGAUCGAGAUUCACCAGAUCCGAAACAAUAUAUUUCAGAGCACGAAUUGGUGGAAUCGGAGGAUCAUGUAGAAGUGAAUGGCAUUACUUUCAACAAACCAUUUGUGGAAAAACCAGUAUCCGCCGAAGAUCAUAAUAUCUACAUUUAUUAUCCUACUUCUGCUGGUGGAGGCAGUCAGAGAUUAUUUAGAAAGAUAGGUAGUCGUAGUAGCGUAUAUUCGCCAGAAUCUCGCGUUCGUAAGAGUGGAUCUUAUAUCUAUGAAGAUUUUAUGCCUACUGAUGGUACUGAUGUUAAAGUUUAUACCGUGGGACCUGAUUACGCUCAUGCCGAGGCAAGAAAAAGUCCGGCUCUUGACGGCAAAGUUGAAAGAGACUCGGAGGGCAAAGAGAUUCGUUAUCCAGUAAUAUUAAGUAAUGCAGAGAAACUUAUUAGUAGAAAAGUAUGUAUGGCCUUCAAGCAAACGGUUUGCGGUUUCGAUUUAUUGAGAGCGAACGGUCAGUCGUUUGUGUGUGAUGUAAAUGGAUUUAGUUUUGUAAAGAAUUCGAAUAAGUAUUAUGACGACUGUGCCAAAAUUUUGGGAAAUAUGAUACUGAGGGAAUUGGCUCCUACAUUACACAUUCCUUGGAGCGUUCCCUUUCAAUUGGAUGACCCUCCUAUUGUUCCGACUACAUUCGGUAAAAUGAUGGAAUUGCGUUGUGUGGUAGCUGUUAUCAGACAUGGUGAUAGAACUCCAAAGCAGAAAAUGAAAGUAGAAGUGCGUCAUCCAAAAUUUUUUGAGAUAUUUGCAAAAUACGAUGGCUACAAGCAUGGUCAUGUUAAGUUAAAACGGCCCAAGCAGUUACAAGAGAUUCUUGACACAGCUCGUAGUUUAUUGGCAGAAAUACAGCAUCGUGCAGCGGGACCUGAACUGGAAGAGAAGCAAGGAAAGUUAGAACAACUCAAGAGUGUUUUGGAAAUGUAUGGACAUUUUUCUGGCAUAAAUCGUAAAGUUCAGUUGAAAUAUCAACCGCGAGGACGACCACGAGGAAGUUCUUCCGACGACGGUAGUGAUCUUAAUCGACUAGGGGAACCGUCUCUCGUUCUAAUAUUGAAGUGGGGCGGAGAAUUGACGCCAGCCGGACGUAUUCAAGCGGAAGAGCUGGGACGCAUAUUUCGCUGCAUGUACCCAGGUGGUCAAGGUAGACACCUUAGUGAGGAAGAAUCAGAGAUGUUACCAAACCACGGUGAAUAUGCAGGUGCGCAAGGAUUGGGUUUGUUACGUCUGCAUUCCACGUUUCGUCACGACUUGAAGAUCUAUGCUAGCGACGAGGGACGCGUUCAAAUGACUGCGGCAGCCUUUGCAAAAGGAUUACUCGCCUUGGAAGGAGAACUAACGCCUAUUCUCGUACAAAUGGUGAAAAGCGCGAACACCAAUGGCCUUCUGGACAACGAUUGCGAUAGCAGUAAAUAUCAAAAUAUGGUGAAAACGCGCUUGCACGAGCUGCUUCAACAGGACCGGGAAUUCACCCGCGAGGAUCGCGAACAGAUUAAUCCGGGAAACGCGUUGAGCAUCAAUGCUGCUUUAGAUUUCGUCAAGAAUCCAGUUCGAUGUUGCCAACACGUUCAUAGUCUCAUUCAAAAGCUUCUGGACAUUGUGCGAAUUAAGAAGGACGACCCGAAGACGAAGGAUACAAUACUUUAUCACGGUGAAACGUGGGAAUUGAUGGGACGUCGCUGGGGAAAGAUCGAGAAAGAUUUCUGCACGAAAAAUAAACGUUUCGACAUAUCCAAAAUUCCCGAUAUCUACGAUUGCAUAAAAUACGACUUGCAGCACAACAAUCAUACGUUGCAGUUCGAACACGCAGAAGAAUUAUACACGUAUGCUAAAUCUUUAGCGGAUAUAGUAAUUCCUCAGGAAUACGGCUUGACGGUACAAGAGAAAUUAACUAUCGGCCAAGGUAUAUGCACGCCUUUAUUAAAGAAGAUACGAGCAGAUUUGCAACGAAAUAUCGAGGAAUCUGAAGAGACCGUAAAUAGGCUCAACCCUAGAUACUCCCAUGGUGUCUCGAGUCCUGGACGCCAUGUGCGUACUAGAUUAUAUUUCACGAGCGAGAGUCACGUACAUUCUUUGCUUACUGUAUUGCGUUAUGGUGGUUUACUCGAUGUGAUAAAAGACGAACAAUGGCGACGUGCAAUGGAAUAUGUCAGCAUGGUCUCCGAGUUGAAUUACAUGUCGCAAAUUGUUGUUAUGUUGUACGAGGAUCCGACCAAAGAUCCGUGCAGCGAGGAACGUUUCCACGUGGAGUUGCACUUUAGUCCUGGCGUUAAUUGUUGUGUACAGAAGAAUCUACCGCCUGGCCCCGGAUUUAGACCUCAUUCGCGCAAUGAGAGCAGUCAUAACAUGGGAGAAAGCGGUGGUUCUGGUCAGGACACUAGUUCACAAUGCAGUACCCGGAUAGAGGAGGAGGAUGCGGAAUUGGGAAUUAUUGAAGAUGAUCUUAUGAAUUCCACUGUGCAAACUGAUACGUCUCCACCACUAAUGGAAACGGAUACUGUGGAUUCUAUGUUGGAUAGUCCGACGACCAGUCGUGCAAUUGACAUGAUGGACCUAGACCCGAAUAUGAUGGAUGAACCAUACGAUAGUGGAUUCUUACAAAGUUCGGCUCCGAUUCCUAUCAGCGCUAGAACCGUGGCCGGACAUGAAGCCGCUAGACUUGGCAGCCAGUUAGCGGCGAGUCAACGACAACGUCGAAGCAGGGAGGCGGGGACCAUCAUGGAACCGCGUGCGCGAAGCUAUGAUCAUCAGCGACAAGAAAAGCCCGAAAAAGCCACGUUAUCACCGACUCCUCCGGUGGAAUCUCGUGAUCAACUGCCGAGGAAACCGGCGAUCCUGUCGCAGUCGCACAGCUCGCCGGAGCUGCCGAUUUCGUCGAACGAAGGUUUCCCUUCCUCGUGCUCGUUUAGCAAUGCACGGGACGAUAAACGGCCACCAGUCCAUUGCUCGUUGCCCAAUCCGAUCCCCAGCAUCGUGCUGGAGCGGGCUGUCCACAGGUAUCGGUGCCUCGGCAGAAAGUACGAACGGUCAUACUCCGAGGUGACUUUGCUCUCGAGACCUAUCGAGCUUUACGACGCGCGACCUCGGAUCAUUCAACCUGAUCCUACCUGCACAGCAAGGCGCCACCGUCACAGUAUCUCUGGACAGAAUUAUUUCAAGCUGUUGGGCUACAAUGUCAGUAAGAAGCUCACCGGCUCGGCCAAUAGCCUCUUCAGCACGGCCGUGAUAAGUGGCUCAUCGAGUGCACCGAACCUCAAGGACAUGGUACCACCGCACGCAUCCGCAGUCGCCGCGAUAGAAGGCUUCGGCGGGGUGCCACCCAUCAGACCCCUGGAAACCUUGCACAACGCGUUGUCGCUACGUCAGCUGGAUUGUUUCCUAAUGAUGAUGACGACUGCACCGUUGUUCCGGACUCCGGCCUCGUCGCCGCCCAAGUCAUCGCCGGCCGGAUCGACGCACGAGUCAAUCCAGUCUCUCAAUCCAGCCCUCAAUCCAACUACCGGGAUCAUCCGCGAGUAUCACCCUUCCGAUACUGAAGUCAGAUACAUUACACCGACUCCGAUACUGUAUAAGCCCCUCGGAGAGGCGGAAACGUGUGACAUCAGAAAUAUGCCAUCGCCUACUAGUCCGAACAGCAUAGGAUGGAGUAGCGAGCCGCAAUCUUUUCUAUCUUCCGAGCCAUCUUCACCGGCGCCAACAUCGACAGGCGAAUGCAGUAUGUCUAUAAGCUUGAUCAGUAAUGAGAGCGCUCAACUCUUUAUCCCGCCGAAAUUCUCCCCGACUUCUUGCCUGGACGUCGAUUUUAACGAAUUUUGUAUGCGCCUCGAUCAAGAGAAUCGAGAAAGUCGCGGCAGCGUUUCAUAUACGGAUUAUUAUAGCAACGAGGACGGUCAGAUUCGCAAAAUCACGCAAAUGCCUCAAGUGAUGCAAUCAGGAGGUGCCGGCAGCGCGCAAUCGAAGCUCGUGUGCAGCGAUGAGCUUACCUGCGAAAAUAUCGACGACGACGAGGAUCACACGUUAACCUUGAAACAGAGCGAGGAGCAGAAGAAACAAGACGUUAAAUCAAUAUUCGAGCAAAGGGAUAAUGUUAAUCCUGUGAAGCUAAGCGGCAGCUAUAAGAAGAUUGGACGAUUCCGGGUAGAGAGUACGGAUAUAUCGCAUGGCGACGUCAGAAUUAAAGAAACCGAUAGUGCUUCCGAUAGAACGAAACUAUUCGGCCAAAAAUCUGAUUCUUCAAACGCAACAAGGUCUCCCGCGAGGAAAGAUUCCAAGAAAAACAGCGGCUCGCACAACAGUCAGAAACGAAAGAACUUUUCGCGCUCUCAAAGCGUCACGGCUCCAAAGCCCGCAAUGCCGAAGCCUGAGCCGAGUUUUAGUUACUCGAAGCAAAGCUCGUUCUCGACCAUGUCGGACGCGGAUCUGCAGAACUGGAUAUUGAGCACAGAUUCGACACAAUUUUCGGAAACGAGCCAAGAAGAGGAACCUAUACUCACCGUAGCCAGCAGUCUCACGGACAGCUCUAAUAUCACCGUGGGUUUCGACGUAAAACAGGAGGAAAAGAAGUAAACAUCCGAUAAUAAAUUUACGUACCGAUUUUUUUUUCCUGUUUGUGAUAUUCGAGUUAUUCCUACAACGUAAGAUUAUGAUGUCAGAACUUUAGAAAAUAUAGUUUAUCUUUUCCAUCGAUUACUACGAGAGAAAUGUUGAAAUAUUAAAAGUAUUAAGAACGA